ACCAAAAAAGUAAUAACCCUUUUGCAACUUGUUCACUCUCUUUUCCCAAAUCUCUCUCUUCUUUUGUCAUCAUCUACAUUACAUAACACACUUAAUCCAUUCAAAACUUCAAAACCGUUUUUUCUAGAAACUCUUCCAAUUCCAAUCCCUUCAAUUUCUCAUAAUCUCAUAGCCUACAAAUUCAUGUGAUCAAUCUUCCCAAAAGAAUCCCAACCAAACAAACAACCUUAGAAAAACCUCAAACUUUGUUAACACAAAAGACACACACAAAUAGUUACAUAGAUAGAUACAUCUUUGUUGGUGAAGAAAACAAAGAAGCUUAUGAUUAUUAUAUUAUAAAGUUUGAGGCUUUCAUUCAUUCAUAAGAGGUCAAAGGUAGAAUUUUUUUGACAACCCAAUUGAGGUUUUGGGACAAUGAAGCAUCUUUCUGCCGGCGCCGCCGUGGAGAAUGUCUCCGGCGAAGGGAACAAGGCGUGGAAUUCAAUUGGGUCGGGAAGCAAUGGUUUUGUGAGGAGGAUUAUGCAGACAAUUAUGGUUUUUGUUGGGUUUGGUGUGUUUUGGAUGUUUGUUUACAACAACUCUGCUUCUCCGUUUGGUUUUCCAGCUACUAUCUCAUAUUACUUCAAUGGUUUCUCAGCACAAGAAUACUAUGAUCCAAACCUCAAAAAUAUUCUAAGAAACGCAUCAAUGAAGGACAAAACAGUGAUACUCACAACAUUGAAUGAUGCAUGGGCAGAGCCAGGUUCAAUAUUUGAUCAAUUUCUUGAGAGUUUUCAAGUCGGUGGGAACCAAACACAGAAGCUAUUGGAUCAUCUUGUGGUGAUAACUUGGGACCAAAAAGCAUACUCUCGUUGCGUUGAUUUGCAUAAAUAUUGUUAUCAACUUCAAACUAAUGGUGACAAUUUCACUAAUGAAGCUUUUUUCAUGACUCCAACUUACUUGCAUAUGAUGUGGAGGAGAAUUGAAUUUCUUGGCACUGUUCUUCAAUUGGGAUACAGCUUUGUGUUUACGGACACCGAUAUAAUGUGGCUAAGAGAUCCAUUCCCACUAUUUUACAAAGAAGCUGAUUUCCAAAUAGCUUGUGAUUUUUUCAACGGAAACUCCUAUGAUUUACACAACUAUCCAAAUGGAGGGUUCACCUAUGUAAGAUCCAACCCAAGAACAAUUUGGUUCUACAGAUUUUGGUACAAGUCAAGAGAAUCAUAUCCAACUAAGCAUGAUCAAGAUGUUCUCAACAAAAUCAAAAUGCACCCCUUAAUUACAAUUAAGAAGCUCAAGAUUAGGUUCUUAAGCACUGGUUACUUUGGAGGGUUUUGUCAAUCUAGCAAGGAUUUUAGUAAAGUUGCUACAAUGCAUGCUAAUUGUUGUGUUGGUUUGGAGAAUAAAGUUGAAGACCUUAAGAUUGUACUUGAGGUUUGGAAAAAGUAUAUGAAAUUGGAUGAAAAUGGGAGGAAAAAUUCACACCCUUCUUGGAAUGUGCCAAAAAGUUGCAGAGGUUCCUUUGAACGUAGUAGAAAAAAGAGGGAAAAGAACAAAGGGAGGUUGUAACAGUAAAUUAUCAUAAGGGCGGAGAAUGGUCACAUUGGAAAAGAUGUGUGGUGAUGGUAAAUAAUUUGAAAAGAUAGAACAGAAAGAAAGAAAAUAAUACUCAAUUUCUCAUUUCUCAGAAUAUUACAAAUUUGCAAUUGUGAAUUUAAGUGGUUUUUUUAAUUCUGAGUUUGAAUUUUUAGCAUUUUUAUUACAAUUAUUUUAUAGUUUCUGUUUCAA